GGACUCGUGUGAGUUCGCCUCGCGCACUUCGCUCCCGGCGCUCUCGGCAGUUCGCCGCCGCCGCGCGAUGCGCCUCGCGUAAUCUCCUCCGGCACUCCGUCCGCGUCACGUCGCUCGUCCCGUCACCGUGUCGCACGCCGAGCGAAGCAUGAGCGUCAGGCGUCGUAAGCUGAGAACUGAAAAUGAAGAGGAGCGCGAUAAUGAAUUGGCAUCCCACCAGAAGAAAAGCACCGGCCAGCCGGGAAGGAAGUACUUCACGAUGCUGGUGGUGCUUGGUACAUUGUUCCUAGGUUACGUAGCCAUAGCGAAUGAUCUGAAACCCAUCAGGAUAGGCAGCAAGGCCAUCGACACCCUAGCGUUCUCGUUUAACUUACAAAAGCCGUUCUACGUGGUCGUCAUAGACGCCGGCUCUACCGGUAGCCGCGUGUUGGCGUUCGGCUUCCACGAGUCCAUUCUCAACGGGAAUUUAGUGCUGGAUAACGAGCUGUUCAAGGAGGUGAAGCCUGGACUGAGCUCGUUCGCCGACAAACCGGAGGACGCCGCCAGGUCUCUGACUGCGCUUCUGAACGAGGCGAAGGCUGUGAUCCCGCAGUCGGAAUGGCCGCGCACGUUGCUGACGAUGAAGGCCACGGCGGGGCUGAGAUUGUUGCCGGAGCACAAGGCCAACGGCAUACUGGACGAGUGCCGCAAGUUGUUCCAAACGUCCGGAUUCCAGCUCGCGAGAAACUCCAUCUCCGUGAUGGAGGGCACGGACGAGGGCAUCUUCUCCUGGUUCACCGUCAACUUCCUGCUGGACCGCUUCAACUCGCUCAGCUCGCAGACCACCGUGGCCGCGUUGGACCUCGGCGGCGGCUCGACGCAGGUCACGUUCCAGCCCGACAGCGCGCAGGCGAAGAAACUGGAGAGACACGUCUACUCCAUCAACGUGUUCAAUCACAACAUGAGUCUGUACACGCACAGUUACCUGGGCAUGGGUCUGAUGGCCGCGAGAAAGGCGAUCUUGACCCACGACAUGAAUCUCGAGGCUGCGAAUCCCAAUGUUCCCAUAGAGAUACAUUCCGAGUGCAUCAAUCCGAUCGUGUCUACCGAGUGGUCCUACCACGGGCACGACUACAGGGUGAAGGGCCCGAUAAACGGCACGUACAAGCUCGUGAAAACGCAGAACUUCGCUGGCGGGGAUGAGAACAAGCCGAUCGUACGUUUUCCCGAAUGCUUGAAGAUUAUCGAGAAAUAUGUCGGCACUCUCACGGAGAGACCGUUAGGUUUGAAGGAUCACGAAGUAUAUGCGUUUUCGUACUACUUCGAACGUGCGACGGAGGUAGCACUAAUAGAUCCAUUUUUGGGUGGAAUGGUGCAGCUGAGCUCAUUUUUUAAGCAAGCCAAGGAGACGUGCGACUAUCCAAAUACUGAUCAGCCGUUCAUGUGCUUGGAUUUGACGUUCAUUUACGUUCUGCUGAGAGACGGCUUUGGUUUGGAGCCGUCGACGAAGCUACAUCUUUACAAGAAGAUCAAUGGCCAUGAGUUAAGCUGGGCACUGGGAGCCGCGUUCAAUGUUCUCCAAAAUGGGCUUUGACGUUUUCUUGUUAUAUUACUAUUGUUAGAUAAGUUUUAUUCCAAAUUUGUACAUUAAGAAGAGACGAAGCAAUGAUGGAACGUACAACUGAAAGGGAAGAGGCGUGUAAAAAUAGUAUUAAGAUUUAACAUUUUUUGUAUAAAAACGGAUUUGGUGGAACAUUUGAUAAUUACCGACGUACAAUUGCCUAAAACGGUACAAUCUGUCUCCUACGAUUCAACAGACAGCAGUAUUCGAUAUAUAUUUUUUAACUACGACAAUAUAUUUUUAUCUCAAGUGUCACGUUAUCUUAUCUCUCUAACAUGAAAGAUAUAUCGCCGUGCAUGUAUUUAUGACGGUUCUUUAAAACGUCCGUAAUUGUCAUCUUACGUCGAUAUGCAUUGAAUGAUUUUCUUACGAUCUGUCAUGUCCGUUUUGUAAUCUUGCGGAUAAACACAAUUAACGCGUAUGCGAUGUAAAUCGCACGAUGAGAUCGAUCCGCCUCGUUGUGUAAAAUUUAUCAAAGUACAAUUCGGCAACUGGUGCAGAAAACGAGACGAGGUUACACGAGUUGCGCCCUCGCGGCGACAUAUCUGCUACGAAAUCGUGUAAUAAAACUGUAUCUCUGACAUAUCUCGAUGCACAAAAAAACUGCAGUUAUCAUCGUAAACUCAGUACAAACGGAUUUUAUCCCCGCUGCUAACGUCUACCUGUUGAAGUAUGCCAAUGAUGUACAUAUUAUAACGUUCGAUUUUUGUAUGUGUCGCUGCAUCGCGACGUUCUACGGGGGUUUUCUUCUACGAUAUUGCGUGGUCGAUUACUCAUGUUUAUCGUUACGUGUCCAGCACGGCGAUGUAAUAAAUUACAUACGCAUUGCGUGUAUAUAGAUAGAUAAAUACUGUUGAGAAUAGUACCGUACGAUCCAACACAUUCUACAUAUUAUUCUACAUAAAAGACACAAUUUAUGUGUAUAUAACAUGUGUAUAUAGUGCCUUUAAAACGCCAUUUUUAAAUAAAGCGAACGCGUCGCUACGUA